AUGUCGGACACUCAAGAGAGAUUUGUUAAUGUUAUACCCACUGCUCGAAUAAAGAAAGAAUAUAUUCCAGUGAUAGAAAAUGAUGCUGUGCAUUGUCGUUUGUGCCCCAAAGGGUUCGCAAGUGAUGUGGCUCUCAGGAACCAUGUCAAGAUUGAGCAUAUUGAUGCAUAUGCAACUGCUGAUCCGACUAUAUGGACAUUGAAAGAAGAUGCGCCGGUAAAAGUUGAAGUUAAAGAGGAAAAUUUGAUUCGCUUCAAGACAGAACAGGUUCUUUCUGAAAUGGAACCUACCAGCGUCAUGACGCUUGCUUCCAACGAAGUCAGCUACAUCAUCAUCAAGGCAGAGGAGCAUGAAGCCAAGAGGAAGAAAAUAGAAAGAAUUAUUAAAAGGGAAAGAGAAGUGGAGAAACAAAUUCUCGCUAAAAAAGAGAAAGAGUCUGAACCGAUAACGGGUCCCUUCGAAUGUCUCCAACCAUCGAACCUGGUCGCCGACGGCACUUGUCAUCAGAUCUUCUUCUCCUGCUGCGAGUACUCUAUACACUACAGGGAUGAACACACUCGUAGGAGAAAGGGGUUGCGGUGCCAGGUGUGUGAGAAGCCACUAGCUUGUACAGGAGAAGAUCAACCUGCUCCCUAUUCAUGUGAGGUGUGUGGUAUGGGGUACCAAACGAACAAAGAGCUCUCGGAACACACGGCCAUAGCUCACGUCAAACUUAAGCCGUUCGAGUGCAAUGUUUGCCACAAAAGGUUUACACAACAUGGCGGUGUGUUGCAGCACAUGAGGAUGCAUACCGGAGACCGACCAUUUCCUUGCACAUUUUGUCCGAAGGCCUUUACACAGAAAUCUGGUCUGGACCAGCAUCUUCGUAUCCACACUAAGGUGAAGCCGUACCGCUGUGUGGUAUGCAGCAAAUCGUUCUGCCAAUCAGUUCACCUCCGUCAACAUAUGAGAACACAUACCAACGUCGCUCCAUUCCAAUGUGGCAUAUGUGACAAGCGGUUUAAACAAAGCAGCCACCUCAACUACCAUCUUAAGAACCACAACCCAGCUGUCAUGACAGAAGAACAGAAAGCCAAGUAUACGGAGCUCAUCGGCAUGAUGAACACCAGUCAAGUUAUGGAGUCUGAAACGGUGCAGGUGGAAGCUGAAGUUGAUAGCGAGUGGUGUGUGGUAGACAUUGUGGAUGAAAGCUGA